GUGGAAAAUAUCAUGACUGAAAAAAACUGAAUUCAGCAAUGCAAUGCUUGUCUUUAGAGAGCCAGAAACAGAGUUCACUGUUUAAGAGGCAGACCGCUUGUGUGUUAAAAGCCUUGGGAUGAGAUUAUUAUAUGAACAUUUAUAAAUAAGGAUCUCAUGGUUAAUUUUUUUUAACUUAAUACUGAACUUUAGACUGAUUAACAAAGGAAAGAGUACAUCCAGGCAUUUAAGCUCGACACAAUUUCUGGUCGUCCGUGUUCAUAAAUGUUUCAGUUGAAAGGAAGGUAGCAGCCCCGGCAACUAACAAUCUUGUUGAUUGGAAUCACACCAGUCGAUAGAGUGGAAUUUUAAGGUAAUGGUUUGGCACAGAACAUUAUGUCAAUACUUACAUGCGACAUUGUUAAACAUUUCAAAAAAAAAAUUAGGUUUCCCCCCUGCCAUGAAUGACACCUAAAACCGGGAUAGAUAUUUAGGGUUCUUGGAGAAAUCAUCGAAACCCUCAUUAUGCUUGGGAGUUACAUCAUUCCUUAGAGAUCGUACCCAAAGGAGGAAAAUGACGAAGACCAUUUACGCACUUCAAGUUCUUCCAGUGUCACUCACUUAAUAUGUUUCUUAAAUUUACUCUACUGUUGAUCACAACUGAAGGAAUUUGUUUGACAUUCAUCCGAUGCUAGAUUCUUCCUUCUGGCCCAUACUAACCGGAAAAAUGGGAAUAUUCAUCAAGCUUUUUUUUUUUUUCCUUUCGCUUGUUGGUUGUUGAUAAUUUUUUCUCGUUGUCACGCGAUUGCGUUUGAGAUGCGACCUUUAAACUCAGUUCUUGCAUCAUCGUUACCCGAUUGGACAUAUCGGGUCAGUCUGAGUCAUUCAGUUCUUAGAGAAAAGGAUAAAAAGUGGCGGUGGAUAGAGAUCGGCGUUAUAUUCUCCGUAAUUUUUAUUAUAAUGUAUAUUUAUAUUUUAUUAUAAUCUCUUGAACACAAACGACGUCAAAAUGUGGUAAAAACCGCGAAAAAGUGCUUCACGAGGCUUCGCCGAUCGCGUCACUGAUCGAUGUCCUUGCCACAUUUUUCCCGUCUUCUGUGAACUAUUUCUGUACAGAUCCACAAAAAUAUGAAAUCUUUUAACAGUAUAUGUUAUAGAAGAAAAAUAUUGUCAGCGUCUUCCCUCCGAUAGAUCAUAAGAAGGAAUUAACCAAUCAAAAUGCGACUGUAACUCAGCGUAUCAGUAUUGAAAAUGUUUGUGUUGCUAAGAGUUCGAGUUAAAAUUGCCAAAUGCCACGCAAAUAAUCAGUUUUUGUCUGCGGAUAGGUUGAGAAAUUUUCAUAAGCAUCAUAGGGACUGAAAGAGGAUGACAGAUAAUUUCAGCACCAAACAGACUAAGUAAAGUAUUUACUACUUUCAGUGCAGUUGGCCAAAUACAGGAUCAUGCAUCCGUGAGGGAAAGUGAUUGAUGUUUAUCAUUUCCUUUCGUUUUCAGUCUUAAAAUUACGUGUUAUCAAGAGUUCGAGUUAGAAUUGCCGAAUGUCUCGUAAAUAACCAUCGUUUGUCGUGUUAACAUAAUGUUAACAAGCAACGUAAAAACUUUAAAAAAAGAUGGCAAAGAUUAUUUCAGCCCCAAAUAGACUAUGUAAAGUGUUUCCCUGAUUCAGUGAAGUUGGCCAAAUACAGGACCAUGCAUCUAUGAGGGAAGGAGGUGGGGGGGGGGUAUGCAGUGAGGAAACCAUCUCUAGUCCCUGAGUUUAAAAUGAGCCAUGUACUAUUAACAAAAUAAUCUGUUCUAUUCACAAAGCAAAGAAAGUGCACCUUAGGAAACCCCCCUCCUCCCCCCUGCUUCCCAAUGAAAUGACACCCUUUAAAGGAGGUUAAACAAAUAUUCUGCCCGGGGGAAUUAAGAAUUCUAAUCAUGCCAACACUGACCUUGGCAAUAAACUUAGGGGAAGUUUUUUUUAGCGAGGUCGAAUGAAUGCCGUCCAAAUGAGGUAAAUUUAAAAACUCUGUAAUUGCUUCAGUCAACUUUGCCUCUACUUUGCCUGGCUAGGGAAUGAAACCUAAAGUAUUAUCAAGCACAUUCCACGGUAGUUUUGCUGAGAUUGUUGUUUUACAAAUCCGCAUGUUCUACCCUCUAUUUCGAUAUGGCGAAACCUCAGGGGAUUAAUGUCGCCAUUUAUCAAUUUGUAUUCUUGUGUUCUCUGAUUGGAUAAAAUUGAACCGUUACAUUUUAAAAUGGUAAGAUAGGUAAAUGAUGAUGAGAUUGAUAGGCAAGGAAAAAUCGAGAACAGUUGAGAGUAGAGAAAUGUAACAAGGAUUACUCGUGACAAAUAUAGCUGAAAAAGUUAUAGGAACCUUGACCUAGCUCUUGAAAUUUCCGGCUUUCUGGAGUAUAUCAAGGAUUUUUAAUUAACGAGAAUAGAAGUAGAAGUAGCGGUUUCCAUCGGAUACGUGUUAGCACAAUAUGACAGUAAUGAAAACAGCUUGCUACCUUGUCAUCUAAUUCUCAUGUGAUUUCCUCAGGAAAAAGCUCCCCACAACGUAAGCAUGGCCGAUGUAGCGAAAAUUCUGCUUCUUUCUGUGUCGAUUUUUCUCGUACAAAGUGUUCUAGGUAAGUCUAUAUAUACAUAUAUAAGUGCCAAAAGAACUUAAAUACUUCUAGGGUGUGUUAGUGAGUUCAGUUAUUGAUAGACGUAUCCUGAGAAAUCCGCCAGACCAUAUCGAAUUUAGCGAUGUUGAUUAAAAUUUCAAAUCAACAAAACCACAAGGUAUAAUUACAUGCUUCGCCACUAUUCUCUGGCAAAAAGACAAUGUCUGAAGGUGUCACAACUGCUGCCUCAUUUGAACCCUGAUAUUUCAAUGUAAGAUCAUAGAUGUAGGGGUGUCAAUGAAAGUCGGUUAACAACCGUCAACCGCCGCCUUAAAGACUGCUCACUGCCGUCUUUGUCGCCUGCCAUCAGGCUGUCGUGUUUGGGUUUCGCCUUACGGUGCAGCCGCCAAUAACACCAACGGUAGUCGCUAAUGGAAAUAGUUAUUGAAACUCUUGUAAAUGGAGUCUGCGUAGAAUAUCAAGUGUUGAACAAAGGCAUUAAUCGUUCGUGAAAAUAUACACGCGUCCGGAUGUUUCAUAUGAACUGCGGUUACGCCGCAAUUUAGGCGUGUAGAAAAAAAAGUAAUUAACAUUUUUCCCUUCAUCCAUUUUAUUUUUCUCAAUCCUCAGAAACCCGUUUUCGUUCUUCUUUAGUGUUUUCCUAUUUUUCAAAUUAUUAAAAAAAUUAUCUGUUUACCUAUAAAUGUUAUAGUCUCCUGCAAGCUUAUGUAUUUUUAUUCAGUGACUCUAAAUGUCGGAAUGAGCUCUUCUAGUUUCAACCAGUCAUCAUGAAAAUUAUAUGCAAAAUUACAACAAAUUUUCCAGGUUUUCGUGACCGUGAGGAAAAAUAAACCAUUAAAUUAAAGUUUUCCCAAUUAGCGCUGAAAGAAUCUAUCACUAGAUAAGUUGAGCGUGACCUAAAACAGCAAACGUUACACUUUAUGUUAAUAAUAAGUUUUUUCGGCUGUGUUUACAAUAAAGUGAGUAAAUAUUUCCUCUAGCGUUCGAGAUCUUGAGAGCAUUCUUUAAGUCUUUUGAUAAGGAAACGCAAUUCUGAUCGCAGAUUUUAUUAAGAAGACUUUUUCUUCGUAAAGCUUUACUGUUUUAGUUCUGUUCACCAAUAUAGGGCAGUAGGUUAGAACUAGGUGUAUAGAUGAAAGAUCUUCAGCGAUCUAACAUAGCUGCCAUUCCAACCAGUUGCUUAGGAACUCGCCUUUUUCGUCGGAGGUGGGUUUUGGUCGUCUAUCGCUGCCAUUGCAUUUAAGUUUGAAGAAAAAAGUAAUUACCCCAAAAUUUAUGAUCAUAAAAUGAAAUUAGGGACGUUAGGCAAAGUAUGAUGGCGAUGAUUUGGUUUUGCCGAGAGGCAUUUGUUAUUGCCGUGACUAGUGUGGGCCACCGUACCGACAAAAUAAUUGACAAGUAAUAUUUGAAGUAUUUCAGACGACACGAUAUAUUUCUAACAGACGUGCGCCGCCGAAGUGCGCCUUUCUAAAGUAAAGCUAUGCGUAAAGAGCUCAAUGGACACGUCAACACUUCUCACAUAUGCUAUUAAAAUGCGGAAGUUUCUCGUUAAUAGAUAAUUACUGAGGUUCGCAGCAUUAUUGGGUAUAAUGCAGGUAGCUGAGGCCGCAGGCCGAAGCUGCCUGCAUUAUACCCAAUAAUGCUGCGAACCGAAGUAAUUAACUAUUAUAAUUAUUGACCCUCAUAAAAUCCUAUUGUUCUCUCUCUGCAUUACAUCGACGAUUUCAGUCGCCCCUUCAUAUUGAAUAUUUUCUCAGGCUGAAAUCGCCGAUAUAAUGCUGAGAGAGAACAAUAGGAUUUUAUGAGGGUCAGUAAUUAUUUGAGUUUAGCGCCUUGAAUGACGGUAAGCUCAUUCAGCCAUUUGCGGGAGUCCUGCUAAAAAUAUAUUAAUUAUUUUUUUUAAGCGAAUUGUUCCUCAGAGAUACUGUCCUGACUGCUUGAGGUCCCCGGUAUUGAUUUAUCUGAUCCAUUUGCGACCGAAAAAAAAAUUCAAGAAAAGUUCUCUUUUCUUUUCUGAAACACUGUUUAAUACGAGACCCUGGAUGAAAAGAAACGUUUUUGAUCAGUGUUGGGUGCGACAGACGAGAAAUUAUCACAUAAGUUUGAAACAGAAGUAACCCAAAUUGAAGCAGUUUGAAUUACACUAAGUAUUGGAAGAGGAAACAUUGGCUACAACUGCGUCGAUUCUUUUCCUUCUAGUUCACAUUACGUUCGACCAUGUACUAUAUACUUUAAGGUCUUAAUAGGGUUAACCGUCAGUGGUAAAACAGAAAAAAUUGGCAGUUAGACGAAAACAUUGACAAACUUUAACCGUUUGCAGGAGCCUUCUAUAAUUAGCUCCUGCUAAAGGCAGGAGCUAAUUAUGUGCCAGGUGAGGAAACCGUUACGAGACUACUGGAGAAAACGUUUAACCAAAAUAGCAGAAAUUUUUUAGAGCAUAUGAUAAAAGAUAAGAAAGACAUGGCCUCAUAAAGUCUUAGUUGACGCGUUGGUACACUUCCUCAGCACCACACAAACGUAUAUAAGACUUUUUUCGACGCACUGAGGUUUCAUCCAUCGGCCGCGAUAGAUUGCCAUCUGCUCUUUUCACAGGAGUAGUUGGAUAAACACGGCAUAAGUAGAAAUAAAAAUAUGUGAAAGGAUUCUCCGUUUUUUUCGCCUAGAUAAUGGGUCAUUUUACCUAAUCUUUCAGGUACAAAUGAUAUUAAAUUCGUCAAGCCUCUUCCAAAAAGCGUCUAUGCUAUUGAGUUUGACUCAGCCAACGUUACAUGUAUCGCCUUGGAUUCCUCCGGCACUACUGAGCCUCCGAUCAUCAGCUUUAAGAGGCAAGACAACAUGGGUGUACUUCGUGAACUAGUGGAAGAUGACAACGUCUUCUUCAGGAACCAAAUUCAGUCAGUCGGUGGGUAAAUAAAUUGUUCUUUUUAUGUUUUAAUAGUCACAAAUCUGUGUCUCCUUCUGGUGAACGAUGCGGUGACCUUAAUGUUAGCGCGCUGGACUCUGCUGAACUCAGAAUCACGAAGAGGUCUGGGUAGAGUCUUCUAGAGUUUCUGUAGAAUAAUAGACAUGAAAAAAUACGCGCGAAAUGGCAAAAACUUAGUCAAAAGUACUUUAAUAUCGAGACCUUGUCUGUCUUUGACGUGAUACUCAACCACAGUCCACGGCGGAAUAGACCGAGUGCAAAUAAUGUAAUAACAACAAAAUGAGCCUAAAAUGCUAAAAGAGAAAGAGAGAGAAGAACAGAAAAAGUGAAUGGAAAAGUGGAUGGGAGGGGGUGUGGAGCAGGGUUACUCUUUCCGGGCGGGAAGACAAAGAAAGAAAUAUUGGUUAGGAGGGAGAUACAAUUUUUCUUGCGGGUCGGGAAAAGGAAAGUUGUUAACGAUAUGUGUCAAGACUAGUCUUAAAGAAUAAAAGAAAAUCUGUGGAAGAUUUUGACUUUUUGAACAUUAUGUUUGCAGGUAACGACACAAAGCUUUUUCGCACCAUGGUGAUCAAAAAUGUGACGCUAGAAUAUGACAGUUUGUCGGGAGGUUACCAGUGCCAUGCGUUCGCAGGAAAUACGAGCAAGAAUUCAGAGGACCAAUUUGCCUUCAAUGUCAACGUAAUCGAAAGUAUGUCUGACUUGUACCUGCUUUAUCACUGUAGAGCUUAGAGCUUAAGUUCACUUAUUGACGUCAUCUCUCCGUCAAUCACUAAGGGGGAGAUCUCUUCGCUAUUUUUAUUUUUUAUUUUUUUUUUUUUACACUUCUUCCCAUAAAAACCUUGCCUCUUUUCAUAUUUUUAGCUUGCAAAAAGUACCCCUUUCGAUUCGCUGGAAUCAGUUCGAGGGCGAAGAGAGCGGUAACCUUGAUUACGCCCGAGUUAGCUAUACCUUCCCCCUUCCCCUGAAAGUCAGUCACGCUCGUCAGUAGUAGGAUUGAAAUAUAAACUGCUAACAUGGGCCAUUUUUGUCUUCAUGUAGCAAGUUAUUCAAAAAUAAAGAGUCAACUAUUAUUACCUUCCCAGAGAACGAAAUUCCUAAAGUCACAGUCACACCUCACACUCAAGUCCUGAAACACGAUGAAGACCUCACCCUCUUUUGCAACUUAACCAAUAAAGGAAGCGAGGGAAAUAAACUAGAAAAAAUGUAUUGGUUUAAAGAUGAUGUGUUGUUGGAUAGUCUGAAAAUCGAAGAAUUAGAAAAAGACUCUCUUGAGUUUGCACGGGAAAUUAAUCGCGUGGGAGUCAGAAAUGGAGGAAUAUACUCGUGCGUUCUGGAAGCCAAAUUGAAAGGUGUUCUGGGACACAACGUGUCGGAUGACGCUAUGAUUCGCAGUAAGUGUUUUUCUAAUUUCACAAGCUCGAUAACUGAGGUAACCCUACUGUGAUCUUUUACGAACUUCUGUCGCUUAUGGUGACUUACAUUUUUAACAAAAAUUGAUAGAUCACUACUACUACAAUUACUACUAUUCCAAUUUUCCUUUUCCUUCUUUAAAGGCUCAAUAAACACAUUUCAAUUUCCAAAUUUUUGAGAAAUACUCAAUAUAAAACUUUUACCAUAGCAACACUACGGUCUACCUGUAACUCAUAAACGCGUUUAGUGAUCCUCGUUUCCAUUAUCGAACUGACACAAACUAUUUUUUAUAGUUUUGCAAUCUUACUGAAAAAAAAAGCUCCGGUAUGCUCUUGAAGCCAUUUUAGAGAAUUUACAUCAGUCACAUCAAGAGAUUAGCUUUACUGUUGGUCGCCUACCUUUAUCAAGGAAAUGUAAACUGUCGUUUAGCUGAAAUCUACACGUAUUUUGAUUGGUUCCUUCUCACGAUCUACUGGAGGACAGACACAUACAUAGCGUCACGAUUAUAACUUUUUGCUUCUUAAUUAUAUGAAGCAAAGAAAUUCCAUGUUGACGUUGUAGAUCGGAAACGACGUCAAACUGGGGUAAGAAUUACAUCAGUGACAUGCUCUGCCGCGCCUCGUGCGCCGUUGUUUUGUUCUCACCGCAUUUUGACGUCAUUUGUGAUGUAUAAUAAUAAUAAAAGAAUAAAAGAAGUUUAAUUCCACCAUCAUCGUAGUUGAUCUGAAUUACAAUGUGGUUACAAAUGUACAACUAUAAGAAUUACAUACUGUUAAUCAAUAAGGGACUGGGUUACAAUAGAUUUUAUAUUAAAAUUACAAAUACAAGUUAAAAUAUAUAUGUAGGCAUAUGGUCUAAUCAUCUAUCUAUUUAUCUGUCUAUCUAUCUGUCUAUCUAUCUAUCUAUCUAUCUAUCUAUAUGUCUAUCUAUCUAUCGAUCUAUCAAUAUAUCUAUCUACUAUCUAUGUAUCUAUAUGUCUAUCUAUCUAUCUAUUUACCUAUCUAUAUAUCUAUGUCUACAUAUCUACUAUUUAUAUAUCUAUGUCUAUCUACUAUCUAUCUAUCUAUUUACUAUCUAUAUAUCUAUAUGUCUAUCUAUCUAUCUAUUUAUCUAUAUAUACCUAUAUGUCUAUUUAUAUAUCUAUAUGUCUAUCUAUCUAUCUAUUUAUCUAUAUAUACCUAUCUAUCUAUUCAUCUAUCUGUCUAUCUAUCUAUCUAUCAAUAUAUCCAUAUAUCUAUCUUUUGUCUAUCUAUCUAUUAAUCUAUCUAUCUACUAUCUAUAUAUCUAUAUGCCUAUCUAUCUAUCUAUCUAUCCAUUUAUCUAUCUAUCUAUCGAUCGAUUAAUCAAUAUAUCUAUCUAUCUAUAUUUAUCCAUAUAUCUAUCUAUUUGUCUAUCUGUUUACUGAACACGUAAUCGUGGUUCAAAUUUCUUAGAAAUUAAAUGAAAUCUUCUUUCUUGAUAUUUUUUCAGUUGCGACGUGGCUUCCAAAACCUGGAAAGAAUGCUAAGCAAAAUGUGCACAAUGUUGAGCAGAAGUCAUUCAAAGGAGAUAAUGUGAGUUUUGAAUGUGCAGCCAAAGGAUUUCCUCUAGAGAUUGAAUGGAAAAUAAAGAAGAAAAAUGAGGACACCGUGCAAGCUUGUAUAAGUAAGUCUUUCACUUUUCAUUUCCCAUUUCUUUUUCUCUCUGCGAGAAUUGAUCACAGAGUAAAACACGACUUCAAAACUGAAUAAAGUUGGGUAUCUAUCAACUUUCAACGCGAGUCGAAAUAAAAGCCUUCAAGAUAUCAAGAAGGGAAAACUUUUAAAAAUUUCAACUGUAAUUUUAUGAGGGUAUAAUUAACUUCAAAGAUCAUACUUCCUUUAUUAUAUUAAGUGUCGAAAAAAUGCUUUUAAAUCCACGAUCAGUUUAUUUCUACCAAAUAAACUCAUGUACCGUCUCUUUCCUUUUCGACCCUCCUUCAUGUUAAUUGCCUACAAUUUUUCCUUUUCUCACGAAAAUGUGUUUAAUCAGAACAAGCCUUCGUUUAGGAACGCCUCCGUUAUCUGAAGGCAUUACUUGUUUAUUCCAGGAUAAUUAGAGGUUAUAAAUCCUCUAUAAAUCAUCUACAAAGAGUUAUUUAAAGAUUUAGCCUGUUUAGCCUCCUCCCUCUCCCUUCAGAUCCUAACGAUCGCGCUGGUUCCAAAAUUGUCCACUUUCCCUACCAUUAAACUCUGCUACACCAACUGUGACAAAUAAUGAUCUUGAUGUCUUCUAUAGCUAUCCCUAUUGCCGCCAUUCCACAAAUUUAACCAUCAACCGUCUCAAUACCAUGGAAGAUAUUGAUGCUAUUUCUUGCCAUUGGUGCCAAAGUUUUCCCCCUAACUGCCAAAGUCGAACCCCGCCUACAACCCACCCCUUUCCACAUGGAAACCCUCAACUAUGCCUCUUACGCCAGAUUCGGGGAGACACAAUGAGAACUUAUCCCUCAAUCCCGAUAAACUUUAUUUCUAUGUAAUUUUUUUGUGCAUUUACCAUUGCCUAUUGUAAUUGAAAAUAUCUAUAGAGAACCAUAACCAAUCUUGUAUUGUGCACUUCGUUAGACGGAACGGCGAAUGGACGCUACAAAAUUCAACGUCGCAGCGCUUACGACCCGUAUGUUCUCACCAUAUCUGACGUGCAGUACUCUGAUCGCGGCUUUUACUACUGCUGUCUUCCCUCAAACUGCUCUGAUAACGUCAAAGAUAACUGUCAACGAUUCGUUCUCCGCGUCAAAGGUAGGAACUUAUCCUUAAUUUGUUAGGGCUACUGCCUCCGAUAGGAGGCGAAAUCACAUGUGGCGCGGAAUGACGUAAUAUCCCAGAACGUGGAGUGCUUCUUUGUAUGAAACAAAAGUCUCAAUACUGAUAAAUUAUUUAUAAUUAACAGGCGAAAUUAAAAGAAGCAUAGGUAAUCAUUAUAGGAGCCCAGAGGAUUGGGGAACCAUGAGGCUUUCGAGCUAGCCCCUUUAAAUUAAAUUAUUGAAUUAUCAAAAAUUAUCAUUAUGUUACCUAUACUCAUCAUCAUUAUUAUUAUUAAUAACAUCAUUAUUUGUUACCACUUAAUUAUUGGUUGAAUGUCAAUUAGACACUAUAUUCUUGAAUCAUCUUCCUCUUGUAGACCAGGAUACUCAUAAAUAUGUGGAAUGCGGCAGGUUUUCUGUUUUGCAUGUGAGAUAAAUAUUCUGCCACGCUACCUUCUAGCGUCAUGAAACAACCUCUAGUUCUUUCUAAUGCUAUAAAAAAAAGUUUGCUACAUUAGUAGCCAUAUGGAGUCUGACUGUAUUUUUGCACAAUUAACGAACUCACUUCCUCCUCAUAAGUAAUUUUCAAUCGAGCGCCCAAAUUAUUCAAGAUUGCUUUCGCUUUCCUUUACGUCGCUAUGUGAUUAGCUCAGAAAUUUCGCGCCAUUUUCUCAAACGAUCAGAUUCACAGGUCCGAACCAAAAAUCGAUAAGGUAGAAAAAAACUUUGUUGAAAGCGUGCUGUUGUGUUUUUUUUUGGCAGAUCCACUGGGUGCGUUGUGGCCAGCUGUUGGCAUCCUGGUUGAGGCCGUUCUUCUCUUUGUGAUCAUUUUCUUUGCUGGAAGAAGGGAGAAGAACAAAGAGAAACGGUUUAAAAGGAAUUAACGUCGACGUGUUAAUCAUAAUCAUCCCUGCAAACUUAUGACAGUGAGACUAAUGAGAGUGUCACCGCAAGCUAGGAAAUAAGCGAGACUCUGAUGAGCGAAGCUACUCUAAGAAAGGACAUAAAAAGGGACGCUUUCCAACAUAGAAAAGAAAAAUGAUAGUGUGGUAUUCGAUAAAGAAAUUCAGAUGACUUGAGUGGCAUAUGAAACUUUCUAUAAAAAAUCUCUCAUCCAGUCUCUAAUUUAGAAGAAAUCUCCUCUCCAAUGUAUUUGGAAUACCCCC